GAUCAAUACGCCAUCCAGUACCGCGCCCGGGCCCGAGCGAGUGGCACGACACGGAACAUGGGAUUGGGAUAAGACGGAGGAUGGACGUGUCGCGGCCAUCAUGCGCCGCCUUCUUCUGCCUGCUGCUCCUGUGCUUCACACAAUUUGCAGAAUGCGUGAACGCGAAGAUAAACUUCAGGGAGAAGGAGAAACAGAUCCUGGACCAGAUCCUCGGGCCGGGGCGGUACGACGCGCGCAUCCGGCCGUCCGGUAUCAACGGGACUGGCGAAGCUCCCACGUUAGUGCGAGUCAACCUGUAUCUCCGAUCCAUCAGCAAAAUAGAUGAUUAUAAAAUGGAAUACUCCGUUCAGCUGACGUUCAGAGAACAAUGGUUAGACGAACGGUUGAAAUUCAACAACUUGGGCGGCCGGCUCAAAUACCUAACCCUCACGGAGGCCAACCGUGUGUGGAUGCCGGACCUGUUCUUCUCGAACGAGAAAGAGGGCCACUUCCACAACAUCAUCAUGCCGAACGUCUACAUCCGGAUCUUCCCCAACGGCAACGUGCUGUACAGCAUCCGAAUCUCGCUGACUCUGUCGUGCCCCAUGAAUCUGAAGCUGUACCCGCUGGACAAGCAGACUUGCUCACUCAGGAUGGCCAGUUACGGCUGGACGACAGAUGACCUGGUGUUCCUAUGGAAGGAAGGUGACCCAGUGCAAGUCGUCAAGAACCUACACCUACCGCGCUUCACGCUCGAGAAGUUCCUCACUGAUUACUGCAACAGCAAGACUAAUACUGGUGAAUACAGUUGCCUGAAGGUAGACUUGCUGUUCAAGCGCGAGUUCAGUUACUACCUGAUCCAGAUCUAUAUCCCCUGCUGUAUGCUGGUCAUCGUGUCCUGGGUGUCCUUCUGGCUAGACCAGGGCGCGGUCCCAGCCAGGGUGUCGCUAGGAGUAACAACGCUCCUGACGAUGGCCACCCAGACGUCAGGCAUCAACGCGUCCCUGCCGCCCGUCUCCUACACCAAGGCCAUCGACGUCUGGACCGGCGUCUGUCUGACAUUCGUCUUCGGAGCGUUACUGGAGUUCGCUCUGGUCAACUAUGCGUCUCGCUCCAACAAGCACAGAGAGAACCUGAAGAAGACGCGCAGGGAGAUGGAGGCGGCCACAGCGAACCUGGACGCCGCCUCGGACCUGCUGGACACAGACAGCAACGCCACCUUCGCGAUGAAACCGCUGCGCGGCGGCGAACCGAAGAUGCGGCAGUGCGAGGUCCACAUGAACCCCGCGCGCAAGAACUGCUGUCGCCUGUGGAUGUCCAAGUUCCCCACCCGCUCUAAGAGGAUAGACGUCAUCUCAAGGAUCACCUUCCCGCUGGUCUUCGCCCUCUUCAACCUGGCCUACUGGUCAACUUACUUAUUCCGCGACGAGGACGAAGAGAACUGAUUCGCGCGCGACGCCGCCGCGGCCCCGCAGCACGGGCGGCUCGCCGUCGCCGUGCUCGCGCCCUACGCGCUCUUCGCGCUCGCCUACGCGCUCUUCCUCCGCCAACGGCCUCUCUCCGAAACGUUCUGUCCCUGCUACUGCCCUGGUACUUGUACGGAUUGGCGGAGCAAGCGGGGGUCCUCUCCGGGCUCCAGUAUUAUGCUCACUGUUAGGAUGGAGAACGAUGAGCGAGGGCGCAGGUCCUAACGUUAUUAGACUCGUGAAAGGCUUGUAGUUUGUGACUUGCUGGGAAAUAAGAAAUUUUUACAAGGUCAAAUUAAAGUUCUCAUGAUCUUACUACAGCUACCUUUCUGUUCUGAUUAUUUGCACCUACUAGUAAAAUGAUUAUAGUCGUAUGAGCGAGCGAAAAAGUCAUAAUCACAGACUUUUGAGCUUUUCUUGUUUAACUGGAGCUGUGCCAAUAGGUUUAACUAUUCUAAUAUAUCAGUCCAGUAUCUACGACUCAGUACUUCGUAGCAAGAGCAUAGGUACGAAUUAAUUGAGAUUGAGGGACACAAGAUUAGUUAGGUUAGGUUAGGGACAGUGGGACUAACAAGAGGCUACCAUUAGUUGUUAGGUGGGAAAGAAAUAUUCAAAAUCCUAUGUUGAGAAGUUUCCAGGUUGAUAUGAUAAUAAAAUCAUGAUAAUUACGAGUAACCUAAGCAAGUCAUAAACUAGACGAUAUGAAAUAUUUGUUGUGAUAAUAGUACCAAUAACACCAACAUUAUUCGUUCUGUUAUUCAAGAAUCAAACAAGUUUCACACUUGAAUAUUCGUGUGAACUUUCCACGGCAUAAAUCGAUGCAAAUAAAUCUUUGUCUUCAUUUUGAGUCUGAAAAGCCAUUCUGAAAUUGGAUGUAAAUAUGAAAUAUGACAAGCUUAAAACUAAGGCAGGCGUCAGGCGCGGGAUAAUAUAGCCUAAACAUAACCUCACGUUUACGAUUUUGGUUCACUACGUUAGCGUUAGGUCACUUAUACAUUUACAAUAUGUAUAAAUAAGAUAAUAAUAUGUAGAUAGAAUUAUAGAUUAAUCAAAGUAAAGGGAAGGGUAUGUUCCCUUCGACGGCGGCGGAAUGAGUGACAUCUGAAUUAGGUAUAGGUACAAAACAUUUUCGUUUCAGAAAAGUUUUCGAUAAUUUUACCAAAACUCCAUGAACGGAGACUUACAGACGUAAGUAGGAUAUAUGAUUCGGUUUGCCAGAUACACACGAGAUUUGAAUCCGUAUCCCAUUUGAAAUACCGUUCAAAAUCGUGUGACAUACGGUAACCGCCCUAUAAAAGCGUGCAUGAAUGUGUGAAUGUAGGAGUAUAUUAAGGGUCAGUAUAUUAACUUAUUGAUACCCAUUAAACUACAGUAUGAACUCGACUCUAUCUCUUCUAACAUAGAGUCAAAUAUCCAUCUCUUGGGAGUAGUCGGAAAACAUAUUAUUAUAAGAAGGCCUAGUAACGGUAGGUUUCAUUCAUAAUCUAUACUAAGUUCUCGUCUAUAAGACAAAAGGAAUUUAUAAAACAAUUUAAUCAUUACCUAUAAUAUAUAGAGCCUAGAUAAAUAAGGGUCAUGCAUUUCUUAUUAAAACCUAAAUCCGGCUCGAAGGACCAUCGUUAAAAUGAAUAUCAUCUGAAGAUGCCAUUUUAUUUUUUAGUAAGAAAUGCAAGAGGUAUGGUGUAAAUAGUUGGGCCUACAAAUUUCUACACCUGUGUCGCUCAGUGUACAGAACUCUGUUAUCUAAGAUGUUUAUUAAAUUACUAAAAUACUCGUAAAAUAUGUUAAGGUAUUUCGAUAUUAAUUUAUAAUCAUCUAUACUUCGUGUCACUGUAAAUAAUUUAGACUACGUUAGCGACUCUACUCAAUGUUUCCUACGUAUCGAUGUUUUAAUUAAAUACACUUCUUCACGUUUAAAAUAUAAACACACAUUCUCACUUACAAUAUAUUGUGAAAGUAUCACUAAAGCUGUGUUCGUUCGAUGUCGGCGUCGACGCCAUUUUGAUGCACCAUCGUUUGCUUCCGCGAUUCAGUCGCUUAUGUUCCAUUUACAUAAAUCGAAUUACAGAAUAAAUAUACUAUUUGCUCAUCUUUCUAUUUCCGUCCCUUUUUAUUUCCAUGGGUCUUGAAGUUUGGGUUGUAACAUGGUUAUACUAGUUGAUAUAAGUAGUGAAUACUGAUAAUCUAGCAUGUAUUCUUAUUUACUUAGAUAUGUCCCUUAUUAGAUAUUCUUGGCUGUGAUGGCAACCUUAAAAGUUUCGAUAUACUUGCCUAAUAAAAAACUUAUGAUUUUUAUGGCCUGGCAACACAAGUUUUGAUACCAAUUUGAAUUUAUCCGUUAAGUCAAUUAAAGUUUUCGAAAACACAUCUACAUAUCGAUACUACAAAGGAAAAAGGCAAAAAUAAAUCUACAGCUUGGCAAAAAAAGAGUAGAAAUUAAAAAGUGGCAACAUUGUAGUGUCGUCCCUUUCAUACCAAUUUAUAUAAGAAAACGGGACGACACUACAGUGUUGCCACUUUUUAAUUUCUACUCUUUUUUGCCAAGCUGUAACCAAAUAUUAAAUGUACAGGAUAAUAAUUAUGAAUGAAAUACCGGAACGUUAGUUAAUAUUUAAUGGGCGAAUACUUUAAAUGAUCAUCACAAACAAAUGCCAGGAAACAAAUAAAUUUACAAAACUUUAGUUUCUGUAGUAAUUUAUAAAGUCUGUGUUCUUUGAAUUUUAAGUUUUAAUCAAUACCUAAUAAACAAUGUUUAGUGAUGAAAAAUAUGAGUUUGCAACUGAGACAACGCUAGGAAGAUGAUGAUGAUGAAAUAAUAAAGAUAAUGAAAAACGGCCCACUUAAAAAAUAUGUAUAAUCAGCAAAAUAUAAACUUGAACUGCUACAUAAUGCAACGUGGUCAUAUUAUACAUACCUAAUACAUAAAAAAAGUAUCUAGUAUAAAUAUUACUUAUAGAUACAAAAUAUACAAUAUAUUCUUUUAUUUACCUUAAAAUUCAGAGAACCAGACUAUUCACAGAAUUUUAGAACAAAUGAGUUUUUAGUAAAUUUUAAAUAAAAUGUCAAAUGAUGUAAAAUGAAGUGCAACAAAUAUCCAGCCAAUAUCCGUUAAGUCAUACGAUUCGACCAAUCAGCGACCGUAAAAAUAUCGUUGACCAAUCAUGAUCGUCCAAUGACUAGCACCUCAAUUCACGUCACUUUGAUGACCAUAAAUAAUGGUAUAUUAUCCUUGUAUCUGUGGUAAGUAAUAAAUAAUGGAAGACAUAGGUUUUAGAAAUAUUAAAAAGUAUAUGUAAAAAAAAUUAAUUGAAAAGACAAAGCGCAGAAUCCCUUGCUCUGUUUAUAAAGAGAGUUAUAGAUAUGUGCGAGAAAGAUAUGACAACAGAUCCAAUGGAUAAUAUUCAAAAUUAAUUAUUACUUUAGCCGUUUAGAACCCUUUAAGUUAAAAAGGACGGCAUAAUGAAAUGCGAAUUUCAAAAAGUGAUUUUUAAUAAAUGUAUACCCAUCUAAA